AUGGAAUGGCAUGGAUUUGCUAAGUUCACGGGUAAAGAGACAAGUCCAGGUGUGGGAGCCGACUUUAAAGCAUGGAGAAUACGCUUUCUGCAACGGCUUGGCGCAGCACAGAUGAUGAGCAGGGGUGAUUGGCCAGAAGAGUUCAAGAUUCUUGCAUUGAGCGGUAAGCUGAAAGGUUCAGCUCUCAGCUACUACGAGAAGAUGCUACCGGUAUGGUGUGCUGUGUCGAACACACUAGAGCACUUCAUGAUAAGCGGCCUGGAGCUGUACAUGACUCCGAUAUCAUCUUCGAAAGGCAUUGAUCUUAUGGAGAGAGAAAAAGAGCACAGCAAGACAUGGGCUGAGCAUUACCAGUACUUGUUGUACGGGCGGAGCGAUCUGGCAACUUGGAGCAGAGUGUUUUAG